CGAGUCGGUGUGUGGCGCUCGCUCGGCUCUCGGCGCGCGGGGUUGCGGCCGUCGCCGUCAGUCGUCGGGUGAGCGGGGUGCGACGCAAACGCGGACACGGACUAUGGCGGAAGGGCUGAUCCUCAUUCCCAUAAAAGGGUCGUGUUCAUUGUGAUGCAGAUUCUUGAGGAACUUGGGCGUAAUUGUCUACAUGUAUAAAAUAUGAAACAGAAAAUGACUAUUGAAAAGAAAACAGAGAAAUAUUGUUAACGUGUUGUUUAUGGAAUAAGAGAAUACAUAUGUAUACAUCAGUUGGAAAUUGUUGAUUUGUUAAGACUGGACUGGUAAAUUAUUAUAUCUUCCAAAGAAAGGAAAUCAAUCAGUGAAAAUGGCUUCUCAAAGGUUUUGUCUGAGAUGGAACAACCAUCAGUCAAACAUGCUCUCUGUGUUUGACCAGCUGCUGCAUGCGGAGACAUUCACAGACGUCACUCUAGCAGUGGAUGGCCAACUGCUGAAGGCGCAUAAGAUGGUUUUGUCGGCAUGCAGCCCGUACUUCCAAGCCUUAUUUGUCAACCAUCAAGAAAAACAUCCUAUCGUCAUACUGAAGGAUGUACCGUAUGCAGACAUGAAAUGUCUGUUAGAUUUCAUGUAUCGCGGUGAAGUAAGCGUUGACCAAGAACGCCUAACAGCUUUCUUGAAGGUGGCGGAAAGCUUAAGAAUCAAAGGGCUUACGGAAGUAAAUGAAGAGAAAUGCGAUAUACCUGCAUUGACAAACUCAUUGAUCCAACAACAACAGACAUCGGCGAACACGCCGCCCCCGCAACUACACAGGAUACAGACUUACAUGAAUCAAAAACGGCCCUCGGGUAUGCCCUGCGGUGGGGCGCCGCCCAACUUACUGAUGCCUCUAUUGGGCAAUGCUCUCAUGCAGCCAAAACGAAAGCGCGGCAGGCCCAGGAAGCUCAGUGGGAGCUCAAGUGACGCACUGAACACGGCGGCUAGUCCCCCCGGAGAAUUUGUGACUGAAUCUGCAUCACACGCCCAGUCCAACCGAGCAGGCGAUCAGCUCAUUAGAGGAUCACCGGAAAUGCUUGAAGUGAAAAUGUCUAUGGAUAGUUUCACAGAAGAUGGAGCAACUUCCGGAGGAGAGGAGACCGGUGAAGCACUUCUGAUUGACGAAGGCGAUGAUGCGCAGUCUGGCGAAGCACCCAUGGCUCACAAAGAUUCAGAAUCCACAGAUCCGGAAAAAGUCCCGAAAGAGGAAAUUCCACAAAAUAGCAAUCCGUCAAAUGGACCAAUGCUGGCUAUCGAGAAUGGCUCCAUUAAACAAGAGCCUGCUAAUGACACCAACGAUGGAUACAAUGAACCGAUCGAGUAUAAAUACAACCCAGACGUAAGCCGAGAAAAUUCUAAUUCUCAAGAAGGUCCACUUAAAGAAACCGACGAUAAGAACAGAGUAGGUCGUAACUUAAAGCCAAAGAAUAACAAAAAAAUCCUACCCCAGAUGUCAAAAAUUAGGGCUCGAAACUUGUUCAAUCAGUUAUCGGGAUUGUCUAACUUGAAUCCUGCACUAAACAGCUUUGAAAAAUUUCCUCCUGAAACUGUGCUGAUGCCAGCUCUAGCGACGCAACUGUUUGCUGCUGAACUAGAACAAAAUAGCCUUAACUUCUCUAACGCUGAAGUAGCUGAGUUAGCGCAAACUAACUGGGAACAUCGUAUAUUUCCAUCACCAAUAAGGAAAAAUAACAUUGGCAAUAUCGGCAAUUUUCAUGAGGAAAAUAAUGAAUCCGUGAGAGACUUUUGCAUCAAAGAAGGGGAAAAUGUCUUCCGAUGUAAAAUCUGUGCACGCGUUUACACUCACAUCAGUAACUUCUGCCGUCAUUACGUCACUUCGCAUAAGAAAGACGUCAAAGUUUUCCCUUGUCCGAUCUGUUUCAAGGAGUUUACUAGAAAGGAUAACAUGAUUGCUCAUCUUAAAAUCAUACAUAAAAAUCAACCUAAUGCUAGUGAACAGAUGGCAAAACAAGAAUCUUAAUUUAAUCAUUCAAUUAAUGUAGUUGUUUUGAUGCCCCCAAGAUCUGAUUUAGUUCCAAUCAUGAAAACGAAAUUAUUAUGAUCGUCAGAUCUAACAUUGCAAUAAACACUUCCCCAUAUUUCGAGCUCUAAUUUUACCACUGCAAUUCUUUAUUUGUUGAUAUUAAUUAAUGAUAUUAGAAUCGUUUGUUGUUAUACUUGCCUAAUAUAAUUUUGUUCCAUUUCCCUUUGAAUCUAGAUUCAAAGAGAUUUGUUUUACAUAAAGGAAAAUAAUUACUUACUUAUUGUUUUGCCUUUAUUAUUAGCUUGUUACUUAAUUUUAUUACUUACAAAAUCUUCAGGGUACAAAAAUUAAAUUAUUAUUCGUGAUGAUUCGAAUGUAGGCUAUUUACAAGUACUAUUUAUGUGCUAAAUUAUGUUUCAAAUUUCACUGAACUGAAUUAGUUAAGAUUUAGUUGUUUAUUUUAUUUGUAUAUCAGUCUUUUUGUGAAUUCGACGUCCCAUUUAACAAGUUAGCUUCUGUGCCACCAGCGACAUUAGCAAAUUAGCAAUCCAUAAGCAGCGUCGCUUGCCUGUCAAAAUCUGUCAGAUACAUACAAGUUACGUCAGAUAUAUGACAAGCGAGCGACGACGCUGCUGGGUUGUUAAUUGCUAAUGUUCACCGGUGGUGACCUAUAAUUACAAAUCAGAUUAAGUUGCAAUACCCUUUUAAUACAUAUUAGAAUGUAUAUAAUGGGAUAAAAAAAGAUCAGUAAAUCAAAAAUUAUUAGAGAAUUUAUCAAAAAGACUAGGGAUCGUCACGCUAUUGUAGCGUAGUGGUGUAAAAAUGCAUUUUCAUAAAAACUUGCCUUCGAUAGUGAUCUUAGAUGUAAAUAGAUUUUGACUUCUUUGAAGUAAAACUCAAAACAGGCUAUGAUUUUAUGUUCUAGAGUUUGUUAAGUAUAAUUUAAAAAUAAUUUAUCUAUGAUGUUAAUUUGUUUAACUACUAAAAUGCUUAUAGAUCAUACAACUAGUGAAAAUAUUUUAUAUUUUUAGUCAAUACUUCAAAUUAUUAAAAAUAUAUUAUUCUCAUAAACAGCGAAAAAAUGUCGUGUAGGAAAAAUAUUCAGUUCCUGAAUUUAUUUAUUUUAAACUUAAGCAGAGCCCCAAAUUAAUGAAUAGUAGGUACUAUGUAGUAAUUAAUUAGGUGCAAAUCUUUGGAAUAAUAAGUUACAAAUGGAUAUUUCCAGACAACUUAAAUAGAUCGACCAGACAAUAUAUUAAUAUUGAAAAAAUAUUUACUCUUUCGAAAUUAUAAUAAUUUACGGCUAUGAAAAGCUACAGUAUAAAGGAAUAUAUAUAAACUAAUUGUAAAUAUGUAUAUUCUCAAAAGAGACAACAUGAAGAAUAUCUUUAUAAAGUGAUCACGGCAAGGUGCUUUGAAAAAAUUAUAAAUUAAUGGAAUCAUGAGAUGAUUUUAUAAAAUCUAUUCAGGUAGACAAUGCCUUAAAUAAUAAUAAGUUAUAGUACUUACUUAAAGUGUAGUGUUAGAGGCAAAAAGAGUAGUCUUCCAUAUUAAUAUAUAGAACCACUGUUUUCUUGGUACAACCAUUGAUAAAUAAUUAUUAUAUAGAGAGAAAAAUAUAAAAUGGCAAAAAUAUUAUAUAAAACCUAACAACCAAAGUUUCCAACAAAGUAAAUUGUAGGUCCAGGAAACGCUUGCCUAUUAGUGUGCCUUUUACUUGUAUAUUGAUAAAUUAAUGUUUAUUGACUUGGCUAAAUUAAGAUGUUUCAUAAAAUGUUAUAUAUUCAUUAUUUUCCAUUUCAGAUGAUUAUAUAUAAUAUAUAUUAAAAUAGCUUUAUGAAGCUUCCAUAGAAACUAAAUCCCUUUAGGCCCAACUAGAAUAAAACAUUGUUAUACUUCUAUGUCACUACACUACGUAUCAACGUAGUAUCAUCUCAUGUUUUCCAUAUAUGUUGGAAUAUAAAAGAACGGCGCGGCGGUGACCAAAAUCUGUCACUGAGUCUUGAUUGUUAAGACUGUAAAAAUUCAUAAAAUCGAAUUUAUUGUACCUACUUUCAUAGACUUUAUACAAAAAUUAUCUCAAGAAAUUAUUGGUACUUAAAAAUAUAUAAAAAUGACUUAAUGGGAGGCUGGUAGAUUCAAAAUAUGUAACUAACUUAUGUUAUGAUUAUAAUAGUCAAUUUAGCCAGUGCCUAAACUUCACAUACUUACUCGAUGUUUUAUACAAAUGUCAAAUGAAAACUUAUGUUUAUAUUCGGCACAUAAGUGGUCUAAAUAUGUUUUGUUUUAAUUUCAUUUAAUGAUACUCUUUAUAGAUGCUACUAAACUUAAGAUCAUGUCGUUUAUUUUUUUGAAAAAUGGUUUGUAUAUGUCAAGAUUAAAAUAUUUAUAUCAUCGAUUGGUGCUAAAUUAUACUUAAGAAAAUGUUACAUACAAUGUAACAUUUGUAAGAGGUCAGUUGAUUGUCCGGAAAGUAUAUUGUUUGUUGAUACUGUUGUUUUUAAUAUAUCUUGUUUCAAUUUAAAAUAUAUAAAAUAUGUAUUUAUUACUUCAAUGAUGUUAUUAUAAGAACAAGAAAGUAGUUUCAAUCGAUACUGGUAAAAGAGAAUUGCACUUUUUAGUAGAUAAUAUAUAAUAAAGCUCCUUAUAUAAAACAGUUAAGCCGCGUCGCUAAAUUUGUCUGGUCAGGAUACCUCAGGCGAUGGACGUGCAGCUCUUGUAAUUGUUAAAAAGAUGUUUUUAGUUAAGAGAGUAUAAAUAGAAAAUUUAAUUCACAUAUGAAUGCUAUGUUAUAUAUAAACUACUUUACAAUAUUCUAACAGAGUCUUGCAAUAGGAAAAUAAUUGUAACAGUUGCGGUUUUGCGUAUUUAAUUCAUCCAAAUUUUACAUUUUGAAUUAAUUGCAUAUUAGUGUAUUAAAUUAUAUUUAUACAAGUAUAACUUCAUAAUUAAUAUGAUAUAGACUUAUUAGCCAAAUGUUUCACUAUAUCCGUAUUUUUUGUUACACGCACCUAGACAAUAGACGACGCAAAGAGUAAUAUUUAGACGAAUUUAGAUUUGAAAGUUGCAGUAUAUAGCAUUGUUAAUGAAAAUAAAACUGUAAGGUGUUAAUUACUAUUUUUAGAAACUUUAAAGAUGAUAAUAAAAGUUACAGAAAAUUUAUAACAUCUUUUCAAUCACUGUUAUUGUUUGUUAUGUUUAAUAUUUAUUGUUGUUUAUUUCAAUUUUAUAUUGUACUCUUUUUGUGAGACCUGUUUAAAUUUAUUUUAAAAAUCUUUUCUUUUGUUUCUUGAUUUCUGUUAUAUUUUGUGUACUUAUUAUAGUAAUUAUUUGGUUUGUUGACGUAUCAGAUACGUGAAUGUCAGCGAUGGCUAGGUUUGUAGCCAGUUAAUCCCAAACUUUUUGUUUUUAUGAGGGAAUGAAUUCGACAUUUAUAAUAGUUAAAAUUUAGUUAUUUCGCUUCAGUUUCAUCUUUGUAUGAAGAUCGCGACAUUGAUUGAAAUAUACUCUUAAAAUUUAUUAUGGCGAGGAUAAUUGUCAAGGGGUUAGUUAGGAUUGAUGACUUGCGAUGCAUCAAUCAAUGACUUUUAGCAACGAGUUUCACGAAAAGUUGAAAAAUAACUGGAUAAAAUUAAUUUAAGUAACGGUAGCAAAGUAACAACACGGGUUAUUAGUAAAAAAUAGAUGUAAAAUUAAGUUAUACUUAGUUAUAAUUUUAGUGUUGUUAACAAGGGAGUGAACAUUUUGAAAUGUAGAAAGCUUUAUUAGUCAUGAAGACAGGACUGUUCAGGUAUGUUAUCCUAUCGACUACUCGGUGUUGUAGAAGUGUGUUUAGCGCUAGAUUAUUGUUUAACACGCUUUCUAUGUUGCUCAAAUUACGCUAUGUUUUAAAAUGAAAGUAUUCGUUCAGUACAAAUCGCUUUGGUAAUUUAAUUUCAUUGGUAGAGAAAAAUGUUCACACACUAUUGAAAGAGGCUGCAUUGUUUCAUACUGUUUUCGUUUGUUCCUUGUUUUUAUUUUCAAAAUACUUUAUAAAGUAGACACUAUCAUAAGAAUACCUUAGACAUACUUACGAGUUUAUUACCUCUCGAAUGAUUAACUCUGAAAUCGCUUCAGUCUCGAGCCCACCUCAUGUGAUCUUAACACUAAGUUAGCCGACAUGUAAUUUAAUGUUUUAUCUACUUACAAAACUUGCCGAAAUAGUUCCAAAUGCAAACACUUGAGUCCUAUUAUAUCAUAGAUAAAUCUUUUCUUUUUUGUUAAAUUAUUUUUUAAUUUAUUUUUUAGACAAUAGGAAUAUUCAAUUAGAUUAAGUUAAUUGACUUGACUGUUAAAAAGCAGUUGGUUUAAAAAUAUCAGUUCGGUUUUAAAUAUAACUAAAAUAUUAGUACUAUUGGCAUGAAUGAGCUGAUAUUGUCACUUAUUCGCUCUUUUUGUAAUAAAAUUAAUAUUACUUUAUGUAAUUCAUGUUUUUUUUAUUCAUGAUGUAAUUUUAUCAUUAUUUUGAACAAAUAAAGUGUAAUUUAUUUUGA